AUGAUGCAUAACAUCAUAUUGCUCACCCUUCCCCUUCUCGUCUUUUCCCUCCCAUCACCUGAUCUUAUAGGGCCCCGCACCCGUCCUUCACCUUUCCUCAUCCGCAGCCGCGCGGAAGCAAGAGAUAUUGACUAUUGGAAUACGCCCCGCCCCGAUAACUUCCUCUCCAAGCGGUCCAAUGUUCACUCGAUCGAGUACUUCACUAAUCCCUCUCCGUCUUUCAAAGCCCGUUCUCCUCGCCAGGUAUCCUAUCCUGCCUCACCCUUGAUCAACCCGGAGCAACAAACCAAGCGAGCAACAUCUGGCCAGUGGGAAAACAUGUCUGGCUCUGGCUUGUACCACCCCGCGGUUACAUCCUGGGGCCCCGGUCGGCAGGACGUAUAUUAUACGCAUCGCGACCGAAAAUGCCGUCACAAGUACUAUCGCGGCGGUAGCAACCCGUGGAUUCCAGAGUGGGACGAUCUGGGUGGAAGCCUCGACUCUGCUCCAAGUUGUUGCAGUAGGAGAAGUGGAUACAUGCACAUGUUUUGCAAAGGAACAGACUAUCAGAUUUGGCAUCGCCCCUACAGUGGCGGUGGGUGGGGAUCAUGGCAACCGAUGGGGGGCAACUGCAAGCACUAUCCUUCCUCGUGCUCCUGGGGCGGCAGGCAUGCGUCUGUCUACACCAGCUCCAGUGACAAUCAGCUGUGGGGGAUUAGGUACGAUGAGAAUAGCGGAUGGGGCAGCUGGCAAAACAUGGGCGGCUCCCUCGCCGGUGCGCCAAAGUCUGUAAGCUGGGGUGAAGGCCACACGGGAGUGGUGGUGAGAGGGACAGAUGGACAGGCAUGGGCGACACAAAUGAUGAAUGGAAAUACUUGGGGAAGCUGGACAAACCUCGGGGGCUCGUUGGAUAGUGAACCCAGCGCCGUUGCUUGGAGCGGCACUAUGACUGUGGCCGUUGGGGGAACCGACGGGGCGGUGUGGAUGAGAACUUACACCAACAGCACCGGGAAUUGGGGUAACUGGAUGAACAUGGGUGGUGAUGUGCGACCAGGCACGGCUCCAGAUGUUGUUGCUUGGGGCAAUCAGAUGGAAGUGUACUACACUGGCCGGGACGGUGCCAUGUACCGCAAAAAGGCCACCAAUGGCCAGUGGACAGCUUCGUGGGAGAAUAUGGGCGGCAGUGUUACUACGAAACCUAGCGGCUUAGCAUGGGAUAACGGAAAGGUGGAUGUAUACGGCAUGGCGUCGGAUGGUAGCACCCGUCGAUGCUAUUGA